AUGUCAUCAGUAGGGUCAAAACGUGAUCUCGAAACUGCUGGAUUUGCUGAACUUGCCAGCGGCUCCACUAGCCAAACUGUUCAUCAAGACGGCUCGGAAGUCAACAAAAUGAAGGCUACCCUAUUGGAGGCUGGGUUUGAUAUCGACAAAGGUCAAAAAUCUGAAAAAGAUAUGAUAAUAUUAUAUAAUCGCUAUGUUCUUCAAAAGCAAAUCAAACAACCAACUCAGUCCCGCGAGAUACACCAAAAAAGUCGCUCAUCUAGACAUAGCCAAACUAAACACUCAGACCAAGACAAUGUGGAUAGUGCAGGAACUUGUGCAAAAACAAGUUUAACUGUCCCUAGUGGCAGCAAUCAAUUCACCUUUGAAGCCGACAAAAUGACAUCUAAUGUCUUUGAAAGCAAUGGAGACCAGCUAGACCCUUCAACUGGACCUCUGAGGACUCGGCGCUCUUCUGCUAGACUCUCAAAUCGAAAUUCUGAAGUCAAAGGCCUAGAGACUAAGACAAAGCAAGGAAAACGGCUCAGCGGACCACUUGGACCUCGUCACGCCGUUCCAAGAUCAGCUCGUUGCAAGGAGACUGACAUCCCAGAGAAUGAAAAGUCUUUACCUUCAGUUGGUUCAAAAACCACGCCUGCCAACUUAGACAAAGCCAGCAAAAAGAGUGAUGAAGACCCAGCAAGCCCUGCUUACUGUCCCCCCGACGAGGCUGAAUCGGAUGAUGAUUUUGUCAAAACUAAUCAACCACCUUUGAACGGCAAAGCCCCUUCUGAAAAGGGGAAAACGUUAAGAAGAAGGAUGCGUCAUAGAAAGUUUCAGCUCAAUUCUUCUGACUCAGAGAACAAUUCGGCAGAAAAAACACAUAGUUCUCUCCCCUCCGGUCAGCAAUCAAGUGAAGAUACCUCAGAUCUUCACGAAACAUCCAACUUCCGAACUUCUCCUAUUCUUACAAGAGCAACUACUGGUUCAAUAUUGUUUCCGGAUUCCGAAGACGAUGAAGAAAACGAGCCAGUCUCUUUUCCAGUACUAAAACGAAGGAAAGGUAAAUCUCGUGCUAAAAAUCAAGAGCAUCCAAGCGAAGAUGAAGAAUUUUUUGGGCAAAAAAGCAUGCUAGGUGGUGAUUGUUUGUCUUCUAAUGAUGGUAGUCCUAUUGUAAACGAGAUUGAAGAAGAGUGGGAUGCAGGGAACCUGUUUGGCGAGGGUGUUGGCUCGCCUGGCACAAAGUCUAACUCACAGUCAAACAAAGACAACGCCCAUCAGACUCGACAAGAAUCUCAAUCACGUAGUCUUCUAGGAUUGGAGCAUUUCAGAUCUGAACUUGUUGAUUUGAGGUCACUAUGCACUGACAAUGCACAACAAAUUGCGUCAUUGAGCAAUAAGUUUGAUGUGUUUGCUGACCUGCUACGGGAAUCGCUGAAACAGCGUGAACCUACAAGAUCUACCGAAAGGGAGCCUGGGGGAGAGGCUUUUGGAGAUUUGACAGCGGAUGACAGUCCUUCUCAGCCGGCUAGAGCUUCCAGAAUGAGAGUCAGUCUGCUUGUUUCAGAAUCUCGUUUUUUUCAAAGAUAG